GGAUUCUGACAUCCGUCAUGGCCUGGUCUCUGCGACGGCACACGUUGACGAGAAUAUUCUUUGCUUUAAGUCUUGUCUUCUUUGUUCGCCUCCUUUUCUAUCCCUCAUCAUGGAAUCCAACGCCGUCGACAUUUCUUGAAAUUCAAGAAUAUAAUGUUUUUGAAAGGGUAACUGGGUCAGAUAAGACCUUGAAUGUACAGAAACACAAAAACCUACAGUCGCGAAUGGGCCGGGACGAGAGGCCUGAUAUAUUUGAAGACUUUAUUUCGAAUGGGGUGGCAGAUUACUGGCAGCGCUUUCAAAAACCAUAUAUCAAAGGAAAGGAGACUACGCAUAUGGACGUACAGAGCGUUUUAACUUCCAUUGAACACCUUCUCUCUUUAAACGGUUGGGUAGCCGCAUAUUGUCCUACACUAGCCCGCCCUUUCGGACAGAAUAAGAACCAGGAUGAAGACGCCUACGAUGACCUUGCCAGAGAAGAUCACUUGUUCUACAUUGCUAUCGCCAUACAUUCAGCCGACCAUUUUCUUGUCGAUCAGCUUGCCGUCAUUGUCCAAUUGGCGAAACGUUUGGGAACAUCCAACCUCUUCGUGUCGAUGCUUGAUUAUGACUCAACAGAUUCAACUUCCACACUUACAGACCUUUGCGAAGCCGUUUUGACCCUUUUGGGCGUCCCGUUCAGAAUUCGAAGAGUUCCAGGAAUGACCGAAGACCCCACCGCUGCAUACUAUCCCUCUGAAGAGGCGUACAUGAGAAAUCUUGCUUUGGAACCCUUGGGAGAACUAUAUCACAAACGUAAUAUCAAAUUUCACCGAGUCAUUUGGCUCAAGGGUUUUACGUGCCCAAACGAUAUCCUGGAAACAAUCAAAGUAAGCAUUGCCAACGAAGCUGCAAUGGUAUGUGGAAUGGAUUGGGCCGAGUUCAAUGGAUUCUUUAUUUUUUCUGACCGGUGGCGUACACGCGACAUUCACGGAGACCAGUUCAGACAGUCAAGGUCGUCCUCUAAACCAGAUGCUGUUCCCCCACGAGAUGAGGUUGGAGCUGCGCGCUACAUAGAUCACUUGCCUUUCCAGGUAUUCUGCUGUGAGGCCGGUACCCAUAUCGUAGACCCUGCACAAUCCUAUUACAAGGGUAUCCAAUACCGCUAUGGAGAAGACUACCACAAUGUAUCUUCUUCUGACCCCCAGCCGCCAAGACCUUCCGACGCGUCUUGUCUAGACAGUACCCAGGCUUGGUUCUGCAGGGAUCUGUGGAUAAGCAAAGCUCUGGAAGGAGUAAAGGAUGAUGAGGUUAGCGACGAGAGUUCUCGGCAGAAGAAGAAGAAUGCACCGAAACAGAAUAGUCCGAAGCAGGAUGCCCCGAAACAGGAUGCCUCGAAGGACACUCCAAGUAUCGUCCGUCGUCAACCACCUCCCGUAGAUCCGGACGCCAAUGCCGGAUCUGACUACGAUGCAAUGCCAGACGAAGAUUUACACUUCGAAGAUCUCCCCGUUGGUCGACUAUCCAUCCCCAACUCUGUCUACGAGCCAGCGCGUAUACUGAUCAACCCUCGUUGCGUGACAACGUACGCGGGUGUCAGUCAUACUCAACUAGCUCUGGACUUGUUUGGGACUGGGGACGAUGAUGGCGCAGAAGGAAAUGCCACGAAAUAUGUUCUCGAGGACUGGGAAGGAGCUCCUGAGGUUUUUGUAUGUCAAGAGCAAAGUCAAACCGGAGGACGGAAGGCUUCUAAAACACAGCGUCUCCUCGGAUUUUCAAUCCACGAUGAGUUAGAACGGUUGUGAUAUCUCACAAGCUAGCCAGUCUAUUACUAUAAUGCAAAAACUAAGACGACGAUCGUCGCUCAUAUUAUACCAAUUCAUACGACAUGCAAAACCAUCGGGAAAGGCUAGGAGUUCAAGUUGUACACACUGCCUCUGUGCUUUAGAGCGUCAUGUAUAAUCAUUUCCCUAUUUUUCUUCUUUUUGAGCCAAAACCUUUGAAAGUCGCUCCGUCAUCAGAUUCAUCGUCUGCAAUUGCAAUAGUCCUCUUAUUUCCUCUUGCAGUUCGUCGCGUUGUUGAACUCCGCGUUGCUGGUAAGUCAUGAUCAUUGGACUGCAUAGUAGAAGUCCCAUUAUCUCCGCUGUCUAUAUCGUCAAGAGUAUGGGAGUCAAUUGGCUCCGACUUCUCGUCCUCUUCAUCUGACGGUAGAAACAGGGUGUUGACGGUUCCUUUAUUUGGCUUCGAAGAGCGCUUAAUAGCCUGACUGGCUGGCUCCUUCUUGAUGGCCGGGUUCUUGCUUUUCUUGCGAACUGGUUCUUCUUCUAACAUCUCCUCAUCUGAG